AUGGACGCUCACGGUUUUCCCCCUCUCUCCACUUCCUCCACCCCUGUUGCCUCUCAGGCGGCUGUGCUUCCUUUAUGGAGAAAUCUCUUAACUACCACUCCUCAAACUUCCAGUGAGUUCACUCACUCCCUUUCCUUCGUCCCUGCCCAAAACUUCACUGCUGAGUUCACAAAUGAGCAGUUUGUUGCUGGAGCACCGGAAUGGUCUUUGUCGUUGAUUGGAUACUCGAUCGGGAAAAGGCCUUAUUACGAAGCUCUGCUCUCGACCAUCAAGAAAAUUUGGCCCCUAAAAGGUUCUCUCACUCUUCUUACUCUUGAUGAUGGUUUUUUCCUGCUAAAAUUUUCCGCCUUGGAAGAUUAUGAGCAUGCAUGGUCUGGAGGACCAUGGUUUUUUUUUUGUAAGCCGUUUAUCUUGCAAAAAUGGUCCCCGGAUUUUGUUCCAAAGCGGGAGGAGUUUCCUUCUAUCCCUCUUUGGAUCAAAAUCAUGAAUCUUCCUCUUUCUCUUUGGACCCCGGUUGGUAUUUCAAAAUUGGCUAGUUGUAUUGGUAUUCCAAUUGCUAUGGACGGCCUUACUGCGUCAAAAACUAGAUUGACGUUUGCGAUAGUAUGUGUUCAAGUAACCAGUGACUCUCAACUUCCUGAGGAAAUUUUUUAUUCGGUUGAUGGAAAAACUUUUCCUCUCCGUGUUCAUUACGAUUGGAAGCCAGAAAGAUGCACACAAUGUGGUUCGAUCAUGCAUCCGCCCACUCUGUGUCCCAAGGAUCCUAUCUUAAAAACCAUUACUGUCACCCGACCUAGAGGCAGAAGCUCUAGUCGGAAACCGAGAAUUAAACCUCCACCAAAACUGGCAAUUCCCAAGCCCAUCCCGACGCUAAAGCUGCCAAAAAAUUCUGCAAACCCACCUCUGUUAACUCUACCACCUCCUUCCCAGGAUCUCAACACAGGAACUUCUCUCCCAAAUUUAAACUCUCCCUCUGAAGAGAAUUUAGAGAACAUCCAGAUUGCUUCUAUGACUCAAAUUGCCCCACCCCUCAAUACCAAAAACAAAUUUGAUGUCUUAGCUUCCCAAGGCAUUAAUGACAAUACAACUAACAUCAAUCCCAGUCAUGAUACCUCUACUCAUUUGGCUUUUUCCAACCAUGACAGCCCACGCCAAACUUCACCACGAAAUCAUCAACCCGUUAUACCGCAAACCUCCUCAGAACCCUCCACCUCCUCCUCUACCUCCACAAAACUUCAACAAACCAACAAUCAAAACCAAAAGCAAACUAGAGGCAAGCAAGCAAAGAAAGCCUCUACUCCCACCUCCAAGAAUCAAUGA